UCGGACAACAGCCCGGAGUUGAGCGCGACGUCGUGACGCAAUCAAAGCGCGACGACAGCUCGGCUUGUUGUUUUCUUCGAAUCGUGGUCGGAGCGACGCAACCCCGUAAUCCCACACACAAGGAGAUCAUGGUCGUGUUGUUCCACACAGAGACACUUGCGAUCUGCCAUGAUUAGUCUGCUGGCAUCAAUAGCCUCCAUGGUUGGAAAGGCUUGAGAACUACUUGAUUUCAACACACAAGUGAGAGGAUAAAAAUUAAGGAGAGGACUGAUUUCAACACGUAAAGAUAUAUAGAAGAUCAAAGGACGGGGGAGAACAGGACUGUGGAGAGCGGGUGUCGGGGAUGGGGUUGGAGAGCCAACGGAGGACGUCAUGGUUCACAGCGGCUCUUCUUCCCCAAUGAAAACAACACCAACAGCAUCAUCUCAAUUAACUGUUCCCGCUACAGCACCUCUUCUGCAAGUAGCACCUCCACUGGUGCCUCCCCCUGGAGAUACUUCUGGUCAGGCCCUCACCCAGACCCCUGCCAGAUGCCUCAGCACAGACCUUACCUCUAAAUCGGACUCGACUGCUGGUGCCGAAUCCCCAGUUGUAAACCCAGCAAAAGCACUUGCAACCAACUCGUGCACAGCAUCAUCCUGGUCCUCCACACAGACACCAACCCCUGCUCAAGGCCCAGUCAAUGGCCGUACAUCAAGCAGGAAGAGGACUCCAAAGGCCUGUGACUGCUGUGGACCCAACAGUUCAGGACACCAUGUCAAAAACCCGGGGAGAGGCAGGGGGAAGGCGAGAGGGAGGGGGACUGUUAAGGACCUUGGGAACACCCCGAAAAGAAAAGUGGGGAGCCAGCUGACACAUAUCCGUAGCUUUGAUUUGACCAAUGAGAAGGUAGAUGAAGCAGAGGAGGAAAAUAACACACACGAUAAGGUGCAAACUACUGUGGUAGUGGCUGAUUCUCAGUCACACUCUCUUGCUCCCCUACCUGUCAUAUCUCUGCUGGAUGGACCAAUAAGGAACUGUGCUGCUCCAGAGAAAGGGGGUACGCAGAAAAACGAGGACACGUUGAUAAAGGGGUCAGGGGUCGCUGGGGAAGUUGGAAAAGGAGUUGGGGAUAACAGGAAUUUGGAGAUGAGGUUGUUGGGAAUGGCAGGCAGGGGAGCAUCAGUAGUGGGGGCUAGAGGGAGAGGAGGGAGGGGACUGAUGAUGGGAGCUACGUUUGCAUCGAAAAUGAAAGUAGGAAUUGGAUUUAAGAGACGAGGUGCGAGUUGUGUUGUCAUUGGUUCUAAAAUGGACGCCCCAGCUCAAUCGGUGGUAGUGCAGAAUCAGGAGGAGUACACUGAGGCACAGUUGGAACGUGGAGCUCCCACUGACUUCAGCACGGUUAAAUCUGCAUUUUUAAACGGCGACACGGUUAAUCUUUCUGACUCUGAACCCGAAGGGGAGGCUAAGGAGGACGGCGUGAUCAUGAGUGAAAUGGGAAACGGACUGUUAUCCAUCUCACGGCAGUCAAGGUCCCAAACUCCCCAGGAUGUGAACUCUGACAUGCAGGUGGACCAGACUCUUGACAGAACAGACCAAACUUCUUCCGCAGUAACUCUGUCCAAUGGAAACAUCACUGCACCAACGGACCAUGACCACAGAUCCACACCUAUGGAAGUGGAAACUUGUCAUCUGAACCAGGGCCCCAUUACAGUGUGCGGCAUGCAGCACCACUGGGCAUUAAGAGACCACAGGCUGUACUGUCAGCCGGGAACCUGGGAGAUGGACGAAACGUCAGGUAAGGGUCGGUCAGAAGAAGCAGAGGUGGAUGGAGAGACGCAGAAUGAAGAAAGCCUGGAGCAGCUCACUGACAUGGUCCAUGAGUUUCUGGAGAGCUUCUAUAUGAAGUAUGGCAGUUUCACUCCUCUCAGUGAGACCGACGUCGAGGAACACCUAAAGAAGAACGGAAACUCUGACCUCAGCAAACGGGGACUGGACAUCAAAGGAGAGAUGACUCGGUACAGGUCGGGGCUGGCCUCUGCUCCUAUCGCAGGCUUCAUGGUGAUGUAUAACAAACAUACCCUGGGCCUGGAGGACCUUGGCACACUAGAGGAACAGAACUGGCUCAAUGACCAGAUUAUCAACAUGUAUGGAGAACUCAUUAUGGAAGCAACACAACAAAAGGUCCAUUUUUUCAACAGCUUUUUCCACAAGCAGCUGGUUGCCAAGGGUUACGAUGGCGUGAAGAGAUGGACUAAGAAAGUCGACCUCUUCUCCAAGUGGCUCUUGCUAUUUCCCAUUCAUUUAGAAAUCCACUGGUCUCUCGUCACAGUCACCAUGGCAACCAAAACCAUCAGUUACUACGACAGCCAAGGCAUCGUCUUCAGACACACCACAGAUAACAUUAUGAAGUACCUCCUGUCUGAAGCCAGGGAGAAGGAGCAGACGGCUUUUCAGAAAGGAUGGAAAAUUACUAUCAUCAAGGGUAUUCCUCAGCAGAAAAACGACAGCGACUGUGGAGUUUUUGUCCUCGAGUACUGCCGUUGUCUCUCGGUGAAGCAGCCCCUGCUGUUCAGUCAGGAGGACAUGCCUCGCAUCCGCAAGAGGAUCUACAAGGAGCUGUGUGACUGCCGCCUCAACGACUGAACGACCAAAUAAUAAUCCGUCACUCACUAGCCAACUGCUCUUAAGACCUCCUUUCCGAGUCCGUCAAGACGGCCAUUUUACACACACAAGCUAACGCAACCUGGCCAUCUUGUUUUCAAGGGAGCCCUAUAUGUCGCUGAGUGGCCGUCACUCUGGACUUCCAGUAACUUCCAGUCUGUAGCUAAACAGAUUGUUUUACAUGCAAACUUGCAAAGAACUACUGACGUGGAACACCUACUGACCCCCACCCAAACAAAAAAUGCUGGACCCCGCACACUUCAGGUUGCUUUUGCGUUCUACAUUUACCAUCCCCGAAGGAUUUCAACCAAAGGGCCAAACAGCCACCUGCACGCGCACGCACACACGAACACGCACGCGCGCGCACACACACACACACACACACACACACACACACACACACAUACACACACACACACACACACACACACACACACACACACACACACACACACACACACACACACACACACACACACACACACACACAGAGGGGUUCUGACUUUGACUGAGGAUGCAGGUUGUCGGGCCAGCCUGGACCAACGGGAGGGGCGUUCCCUCCCACGUGGAGUGGCCUUAUCUCCAGGACGGCCCCUUUUUAACCUGAACAACAUUUUUUUAGCAGUUUAUUUCAUGCUGGACUUCGCAGCAGUAGAUGCUGAUAAAUAAUAAGUGCGUUCUUCUAACAGGUCAAUGAAGCGAAGACGUGUGAUUCUGUGGACCAACGGGUCACUUUAAACUUGAACGUUUGAGUUGGUUACAUUCUCCUGGGACUGACGAUAUUUGCACGGUUGAAGGCCUGUCCGUCGUAGAGCCUCUAGAAUAUCAGCUGAAUGUACUGGUCAUGUUUUCUUCCCGGCUGCCUCGCAGGGGUUAUGACAUAAGCGCCAUUGAGGCUAAAUGGCACAGUUUUGCUGCGACUUGAAACAGGGAAAUAUUUUUCAAGCUAUUGUUCUUUUUUCGUUGUUGUUGUUCAUCAGGUUUUUUUUGUCAUUUGCUCUGCAAAUAACGUCUUAUUAAAAUUCCAGUUUUUCCGCCACGUAGUUUUCUGCUUUUUUGUUUGUUUUGUUCUGAUCACAUUCUGGUUUUGCACAUUUUUUUUUUCUUCUUCAGCUGUUUGAGCUAAAAAGCCAUUGUUCAGUGAUGCUUUGACUUUUGAAUCCGACGGUUUGAGUUGAAGACGGUUGGUUGGUAAAUUUGACGUUGACUGUAAUUUAACCAAGACAUUUCUCCAGCGUGAUAUCGUCGCUGCUUCAUGUGGAUGCAUUAACAGAGAAACAAGUGGACCUCAGUUAUUUUGACUAAAACUUCUGUCCAACCUGGGUUUUGUUGUUAUAUUCACGUAUACAAAUAUAUUUACAGAUUGUAUUGUACUGUUACUGGCCUACUACUGUACAUACUUGCUUUGACUUAAAAACCACAGCGGUUCCUGGACUGUUUUUAUUGUUGUUAUUAUUAAAAGGCCAAUACUGCUGUGAGACUGA